UGAUUAUGAUUUCCAAGUAUACAUUUCCAAUCCCAAUCUCCCUUUUCAAACACCCAAUUCGGCUUCAACAUUUUUGUACAAGUGUGGAAACGCAAAGAGGAAUCUCUGUUGAGAAAUGUCGCUAGUUGACUACGCAUCCUCCGACGAGGAAGAAGAUGCUUCCGUUGCAGAACACCAAGAAACUCCUCCUCAACCUUCAACAACCGCUGCUGCUUCUCAACGUUCCGUAUUUCAACCAUGCUCAAUCAAGACAACAUAUGAUCAACAAUCACAAGAUGCCACAUCUUUGUUACCCGCGCCUAUUGAGAAGCUCCCUGAUGCUUCAUUGCUCUUAAAUUCUCCAUUGUCAUCUCAGCAAAUUGGCACAGACCACUCUUCUCUAGUUGCAACUGCUAUGGCCGAGAAUGCAUCACGUAAGAGAGAUUCAGUUGAAUCAAGUUCUUUGUAUGUUCGUGGUAAAAUUCCUAGAGGAAAUUUGCCUAAUUCUAAAAAUAUACCAGAUACUAGUAAGGGUUUGUUGAUGCCUCCCCAGCUUCAUGGAAGGAGCAAUGUUGUUACUGAAGAUAUCAACAAGCUUUUUGUUAAAAAAAAUUCACGAGGGAAAUCGUGAGCACUGGAAGAAUUUUCUUUGACAUACAAUUGAGGUUCCUGAGCUUUCAUUGUGGAGAUAGGUUCUGCUUUCUGAUUUAUAGAAUUUUUCAUUCUCUAAGCUCACCAAGUUAAGGUCUAUCCAUGUAUGUGUUUAUCCUGCCCUUGCUCUUAUUCAGCUUUAGUUAUAGCUCAUUUCUCACUUGUAGGUUGUCUUUUGUUGCUUCUGAUGUCAAUACAAUUGUAUAAAGCCAUAUGUUUCUGAAAAUGGUGACUGAUAUAUCUUAGUUUUUCAGAGCCCAUAUGCCAGAUUUUGUUUGUACCUUGACUCAGUGUGCAGUGGCAUCUAUUUUACAUUGAUAUGCAAACUUUUGCUUUAGGGCUUUCACCCAGUCUUAUGUCACCCAUGUCUGGUGUUAAUUGCUUACACUCCAUAUUCCACGAUCAAUACUUUUCAUCCUUUUUUGUUAUCGUAUGUCUUUUCCAUGCUACAACAUAGUGUGUCGUUGCUCAUUCUUGGCUAAGGUAAUACUGCUGAAAUUGUAUAACAUUGCAAUACCAAAGCCUCAAUCGAAAUCAGCCCAAAUAUCUAUUUCUUGUAGGUAUUUAACAAACUUUAGCUUCGCCAUUCAUUUCUAUCUGGUGCUAGCCCUUUACAUGUUAGUUAAAUUCUGUUAAGUCAUUUUGAGUCUUCACAACUUCCGUAGAGCCUAAAGCUUAGUCUACUAAAUUAGAAUUUUAAAACUAGUCUUUUGUCUUUGGGAUGGCUCAAAAUGUUAGUUCUGGAUGGUGUGCAUUGUAAAUCUCUAGGUUGUAUAUUGGUCAUGAAAAUGAAUCGGAAUUUCAAAGGGGAUAAUAGGAAGCAACAUGAGUUCAUGCGUUCAUGGAGUCGUAUUUGAGAAAAAUGUCCUCAUGCCAAUUAGAGAACUUCCACAGCAUAGUGCAGAAUAUCAUCCGCAUCACCGUAUCACAACCAUAUCGUUAAGGAUUUUGUGCUUACGGAAACUAAAAUAUAGGCCAAGAUAACUGCAAACCCAUAUGCAUUGAUAACAAAAGUUGUUACGCGACCUAUAUUGCAACUGUAAUUGAAACUAUAUUUUUGUAGUGUUUCAGAUUGACCCUAGACGUUUACGGCCAGUUUGUUAGUAGGUAUUAAUUGGUGAAAAUGGUAAAGGAAAUUAGUGUAAUUUGGGUAGGAAAUCACUUGACAAGUUAAAUGUCAUACCUGUUCUCCUCCAAUCAUCUCAUAUUCUUCACAAAAUUUAUUCUAAUGCUUUACCAUAUUAAAAUUUUGUAUUAUGUUAUAAUGAAAAAUUGUGAACAAAAAACUUUUAAAUGAUCAAAGUUUCAUUACCAUGGGAAUAACAUGGUACAUUUCAUGAAAAAUUUACACUACAAACCAUUCACGUUACCAUUGUUUAGUACUAAAAACCAAACGGGUGGUUAGAGUAUACGAUUAGAACCGAGUGAAGUUAAGUCCUUAGGAGACAUUACCUGAAUCUGCUAUUGUAGGGUGAUAUAUACAAGAAAUUCAAUCAACUUAUGAUUUAUUGAUGAAAAUUUUGGUUGAGGUCGCUAUCAAUAGUCUACUAGAAGAGAUGAAAAAAGGUUUGCCAUCUCCAUGAUCAAGUUGUCUUUUUGGUUACAAUGGUCGGAGUGCAGUAGGAAGGUGUUUUAACUGCUUCUUUGAAAUCUUAGUUUUAUUGUUGAGUUGGUUAUGUCUAGGUUUAUGAAUUUUAUUUAUUACUCUCUUAAUGCGUGAGUUUAUUAAUAAGCCUCUCAAGAUCGUUGUUGAAAUUGAGGUCAUUCAAGUCAGUUUAUUCCGAAUUUGUUGUGAAUAAGCAGUCCAUGUGAAUUUCGAGCGGUAGAAAAUCAAUUUUCUCAAAUUGGGCUACAUGUGCAUUAGUUUUGUUGAGUCUUGUGAGAAUACUAAUGCAGUCACCAUAUCGGAAACAUCAUUUUGACCGCACUGUAAUGAAUCCCUCAAAGGGAUAGAUAAAUUGUUAACAUCUAAUAAAAAUGCAAAAUCAUAACAAGAAUUAGUGCGUGUACCACUAGUUUGGUCAUGUUUCGCAGUGCUGAACAAGGCUUCUUAACCAUCAUGGCUUUAUAGACCUGAGGUUCUCAAACUGGGAUCUUAUAUUUACAACCCUUAACUUCUAGCUUGAUGAGAGUGUAUCGGCAAGUGUGCCUCAGAACUACAAUGAUCAUCAAUGUACUUGAUGUCUAAAGUGUCUCCAUCCAAGCCAGCAGCAUGUCUAUAUCUUUUACAGUUGUAUGCGUUGUAGGCACAAAUGCUAAUAGAUGUAAACAUGCUUUUGUAUCUAAUGCAACUAAUUGUUGAAUUUAACUGCUAAAUUAGUUGAUUUCUUAUGUGGACAGAAAGCAAAGGUAUUGAAUAAGGUAGUGAGAGUUUUAGUGACAUUUGGUCUAGUUAGAUUUAGGAGCUUCUUUCUUCGAAUUGGAGAAAUCCAAGGCAAGCCAACUGGUAUAUGUUUCAGCCUAUAGUGUUCGUCCUUGUGGUGUUGGUUAUGAGAGGAGCAUAUCCCUGAAUGCGUUGUUGCCAUGAAUGUCAUUAGGUGGCUCUAUGGCUAGUGGUGGCACACUCCAAGUGCUAAAGUAAGCCGCAUCACCGUAUUUGCGAUCAUGUUCACCCACAGGAACAAGACUGCUGUUAGAGGAACGAAACCUGCAGAUAUUUUUAACUUUUAGGAAGUGGUUGUGGGUUUGAGCCUUGAUGUGUUUUGAUAUCUUGCAUUUCCGUUGGUGCUCUUGUUGCAAAAUUCUAGUCCUUGUAUUGCCAAUACACUACUAUUUAAAAUCCCCCAUUCUCCUGAAAUGGCUUUUGUAAAAUUUAUGUUAUCCUCAUUAACCUGCUUCGUGUAAUUCCAGUAGCCAAGAAAGUAUCUACAACUUUGUCUUCAAUCGCAACAACUGAUCUUUCAUGUUGUUGGGUUAUUUACACGAUCGUUGAAACUGAUCUAUUAGGUCAGAUAUCCGACUCUAUUUUUUUUGGGGUUAACAUUAUUUUGAUGCUUCUGAAGCCUUGUUAAUAUUCUCUAUUCUCAAAUCAUCUGAUAGUGUUGGGGUUUUUCCAUUAGAAUCCAAAAUAUAUUUCUGAAAUUGAUGGGUGAGCGACUAGAAUGGAAAUCUUUUUCUUGAGAGUUAAAACUUAAAAAGGGUAAACGUUCAAUAUCUAAGAAUGAAGUUUUAGUUGGAGUGUUUAAUCUGUAUCUUACUUCAGAGCCUGUGACUAUGCUAAGAAAAAUUGCUGAUAGAAGAGUAUCCAACAGACCAACACACUGUUUGUAUAUAGUUGAUUUCAUUCCAUAUUUUCUACUUGUACCCAUAUAUUUUACCCGUACCCGUACCUGUACCUGUACCCUUACUGAUGCUUGUAAACAUCAUGUAAUUUAGUAUCCAAUUAAUUGACGUAGGCAUUCAAUUUUGGUAAAACCUCAUGGUUAAAGAGGGGGAAAAUUGUGAUUUGAGAUUGAGAGUUACGCUAGGGAAAAUUGUCUUUUUUUUUUUUUAUUUUUUUUAUUUUUAUUUUUUAUUUUUUUGUUUUUUAGAUCACGUGACCUUUGCUGGUUGAGACAUGUAAAUUUUUGAUCAAAUUAAAAAUUAAUUUUCUUACAUUAAAAAAUAUUAUUUCAAUUUAUUAUUUGUUUUGGUUCUACGUGAUUGUUUGUGAUCACUACAUUUUUAGUUAACUUAUGUCUAUUGAGCCAAUAUUUCUUUGAU